CCCUGAAAACCGAGUCUCACACGGAAUGACAGCCGGUCUCCCUUUGGUUUACGACCAAGGAGUGUUCAGACUCCACGCCGAACUCUACAGGCAGUCGAUUUGACAACUCAUCCGCUAUGAGUGGUCAUCUGGUGGCAAGACAAAGCACUACAGAGUCAGAGUGGUGUAUCAGGGAACCAGUCGCCCAGUCUCCGUCGAGUAGUCGUCACUUGUUUGGUGUCACUAGGUUCCAGGCCCGAAGAUCGGGUGGGAUUUCAUCACACCAACACUCCGUGCCAACAACAAACCGCGCCGAGAUUUCUCGAUGGCCCACAGACGCAGAGAACACGCAAAGGCUAAAGUGGCACAGUGGUCUUUCUCCAAACUUGUCGUGCCUGUCGUGCCUGUCCAAGGGUCCAACUCCACCAUCCGUCUCUAGCGGGUGGCAGGGCAUGAGGGCCCCAUCAUGUGGAUGCUUGACCUGGGCCAGCCGAAAAGCUAUCGAUUCGACCUUUUUUUUUUUCUGGGACUAUUUUUGCAGUCCUAUCCUGGUUUCUCGAUGGUUCCCCUCUUCUUUAAGAGGGCACAAGCCAGCCUUUACAGGAUUACCUGCAGAAUGGGGCAUUUGGGCAUCUUCACCGCAACUAGGUUCGAGGGGAACCCGGGCUGGACAUGGCGAGAGCUCCAGAAUCCAACCCGAUCAGAUGCCCCUCGCGGUCAGGACCCGUUGCGAUACCACGUACUCUGGAUUCGUACAGACGAUGAAGACUCCUGAUCUCUACGUAUCCGUAUGUGUGCAUUCCAAUAUCAUUGCACACCAAGGACAAGGCAACCGCAGUUGCCGAUGGCACCCCGACGCGGAGAUGGCCAUAGGAAGGCCCCCACCCGAUGCUCGACAGAGUGACAGACAACAGCAUCAAAGUCUCCAGAUUGUCAGGAUUUGGCCAACUUGAAUCAGGGACAGCCCUUUCCGGUUCAGGACGUCGUCAGUCGUCGAUGUCAAACUUGUCCAGACUUUCCGCUAGUCUUUGCUAAAAAUGCACGUUGAUGAGAAUUUUUCAGGGUACAACGUCAGGCUCCCAGGCCGUUGUAACAAUUUUCGGACUCUGUGGGCUGAACACGGUUCAAGUCGUCAUGGUUUUCGAGCGAUC